AAAUUCCAAAUAUUCAAAAACAGAGGAAGCACUUAGCCAAAUUAGUCCUGGACAUGGAUUCUUCCAGAGCAAGGUGGCAACAGUCGGCCAAGUCCUCAGGCAUUGCCAGCAACUUGCAGCCCGUCGGCGCCAAGGCAGAUGCACUCAGGGAAGAGAUGGAGGAGGCAGCAAAUCGCGUGGAGAUUUGUAGGGAUCAGCUGUCGGCAGAUAUGUACAGCUUUGUGGCCAAAGAACUAGACUAUGCAAACUACUUUGAAACGCUAAUAGAAGUUCAAGCAGAAUAUCAUCGGAAGUCCCUGGCUUUACUGCAGGCGGUCUUACCGCAAAUCAAAGCUCAGCAAGAGGCCUGGAUUGAAAAGCCAUCAUUCGGAAAGCCAUUGGACGAGCACCUGACGAUCAGUGGGCGUGAGAUUGCGUUCCCCAUCGAGGCCUGUGUGACCAUGCUACUAGACUGUGGGAUGCAGGAAGAGGGCCUCUUCCGAGUGGCACCUUCUGCAUCCAAGUUAAAAAAGUUGAAGGCUGCGCUGGACUGCUGCGUGGUGGACGUGAGCGAAUACUCUGCAGACCCGCAUGCUAUAGCAGGGGCAUUGAAGUCUUAUCUCCGAGAGCUUCCUGAACCACUGAUGACUUUCGAGCUGUACGAGGAAUGGAUCCAGGCUUCCAACAUCCAGGAGCAGGACAAGCGGCUGCAAGCUCUAUGGAACGCCUGUGAGAAGCUUCCACAGGCCAAUUACAACAACUUCAGAUACGUCAUUAAGUUCUUGGCUAAGUUAACAGAAUAUCAAGAUGCCAACAAGAUGACCCCAAGCAAUAUGGCGAUAGUGUUGGGGCCCAACCUUCUAUGGCCGCAGGCAGAAGGAAAUAUCACAGAGAUGAUGACCACUGUUUCACUCCAGAUUGUGGGAAUUAUUGAGCCGAUUAUCCAGCACGCUGAUUGGUUCUUCCCAGGAGACAUUGAGUUUAACGUGACCGGCAAUUACGGCAGCCCUGUGCACACCAACCACAAUGCCAACUACAGCUCCAUGCCCUCUCCAGACAUGGACAGCUCGGAGCGCAAGCAGCACGAUCAGGCCAGGAGACCGCUCAGUGUAGCUACAGACAACAUGAUGCUGGAGUUUUACAAGAAGGAUGGCAUGGGCGUGAGGGUGAUGGACACUUCUUGGGUGGCCCGCCGCGGCUCUUCCUUAGUCCGCAAAGGCCCCUCCACCCCACCCGCCAUGCAGCCCCCAGCUCCUCCUCCUACGUUUGAUUCUGCUGCCACUCCUCAGUCACCAAAUCCCGACCUGUCCGUAGAAAGUCCCUCCCCUACUCCUCCCAGUAGCGGCUCUCAACUGGGUCCUGAGAGGAUAAGCGGAGAUGAGGUUUCACCCCAGUGGUCGGAUUCCUGUUACAACUAUCCUUCUCCUGAAGAGGACAGACCCCUCUCAUACCCAUGCUCACAGCUCCCCACCCUCCAUCCUCACCCUCUAAAAGCUACACCAUCUGCCAGACCUGACGCUCCGUCUGCCUAUCGAUGGGCUGGCCAUAGUCAAACCUUACCCCCUUCCCCUCCAAAGCUUGACAUAAACUCUAACCCCAAACCCUGCUUCUUACACCUUACUAAGCAAAGCUCCCUCACAGAAUCCCAUGCUUCUGAGCCUAACGUCUCCACACUUUACAUCAAAACCCCACUUGUCCUAGCCAAACCCGACCCGCCUGGUACCGCUAACCUAGCCACAAUGUCAGCUACUCCCCUGUGGCUCAGCUGUUCCUGUCCUCGAGAGAAAGGAACCAAGCUGACUAGCACAUUAAAAGGCAAGGAGCUUUCGCCUGUCUCUGGCCCAAAAGGAAGUCCAAGUACUGGCCAUAUGGUUUCAGCAGGUGGAAUUGGGCUGAGCCAACUCUCCAUAGAACAAAGUCCCCAUUCCCUACGGAAAGUGUCCAAGAAACUAGCGCCAAUUCCACCCAAGAUUACAUACAGCCAGACGGGGACUGUUUCCGACCAAUCCACGGGUCAGCCCUCUCCCAUAAGCCUCUCCCCAACUCCCCCUAGCACCCCAUCACCUUAUGGACUCAACUACCAGGGUUCUCUGGCUAUUACCCCAAGUCUAUCAUCUCCGCCUCCCUUAAGCAGCACUUUAACCAAAUCACGUCCCACCCCAAAGCCAAGGCAGAGACCCUCACUGCCCCCUCCCCAGCCCCCCACAAGUCAAUCUGCUUCCAGUCCUCAAUCAGGAGAGAACAGCAUCUUAGAUGGUCUUUCUCCUGGGGAAAGCAUGUCUACAGAUAUCAUCCAUUUUGACAUCCCGUCUAUCCUCAUUGAGAUUGAUACGGCCUUACAAAGAGACGCCAUGAAGCAGGAAAAGGAGCGGCGUGCUGCCGAGGGACGGACGGAGUCGGACGAAGAGUCAGAAAGCACGGCCCUAUGACGUUAGUCAUUCCCUGUGCCCCAACGUGAUCAACAGCCAACUAUGUGCCAAGCUCUGUAUUAUAUAGUCCGUUGUGCUUCUAUAUUGGGUGUGUCAUGACGCCAUCACAGA